ACACCAGUUACCCAUACUGUAAUAUUUCGGAACAAAAUGUCAGGCUAUAGUUUUUCUCACGAACGCUUUAUACCGUUGCACAGGAAGUGAGCUGUCGGUGACGCUUCCGGUAAGUAUUGCCUCCGCCGUAGAAGUGUGUGAUUCAUUUGUAUCGUACUGUUUUAUUAGUAAAGUGGGAUUUUUCAGUGGUUGAAGGCUAAAGAUUGGACUUCGGCAAAAGAUACCAUCAUGGAUAUAAGACCAAACCACACAGUUUAUAUCAACAAUCUAAAUGACAAAAUUAAAAAAGGAGAACUCAAGCGCUCUCUGUAUGCACUGUUUUCUCAGUUUGGCCAAGUAAUUGAAAUUGUGGCAUUGAAGACAAUGAAGAUGAGAGGCCAAGCUUUUGUUGUUUUUAAAGAGCUUACUUCAGCUACAAAUGCUUUACGGCAGCUCCAGGGAUUUCCCUUUUACAAUAAGCCAAUGCGCAUUCAGUAUGCUAAAACAGAUUCCGAUAUUCUUUCUAAAGUGAAGGGUACAUUUGCUGAUAAAGAUAAGAAGAAGGAAAGGAAAAAGAAAGCUCAGGAGCAGGCAGCUGCAAAUGCAUUGAAGAAACCCCAACAGGGAAGCUCAAAUCAACCUGUUUCUGCUACUCAGAGUUUAUCGACGCCUGACAAUCCUCCUAAUAAUAUCCUGUUCCUUAAUAAUCUACCUGAAGAAACUAAUGAAAUGAUGCUGUCUAUGCUUUUUAACCAGUUUCCUGGUUUUAAGGAAGUUCGGUUGGUACCUGGACGCCAUGACAUAGCAUUUGUAGAGUUUAAAAAUGAAGAAAUGGCAGGAACUGCAAAGGAUGCUUUACAGGGCUUCAAAAUAACUUCAUCAAAUGCAAUGAAGAUCACGUAUGCCAAAAAAUAGUGUUAUAGCUAUUUGGUUUGGAAAUACUUUAGGGAGCUUCAUUUUUUAAUAUGUCAUAUAAAGCCAUGUACACCUGGUUUCAAUCUUUGAGGUAUUUAAAGUUUUUGUUGUACAUGUCGGAUUUUCCUUUCCAGGAAUAUAAUGUUUGGUGUGUCUUUUGUGGAAAAGCACACAUUUCUAGUUAAAGUCAAAGUUGGAUAAAAUUUCAAAUGCUGUAUUGUUUCCUUUGUAUUUUUUUGUAUAUUUUUUUCAGUAAGCAUUUCUAUAAAAGUAGUGUUAUAGAAUACUGCAUGUUUGUACAGUACUGUUCACUGAAAUAUGAAUGAUGCAUUUUUCUUUUUCAAUAAAUAACAUGUUAAGUA